AUGUCAGCCAGAAAGGGCUACCUUCUCCCUUCGCCAAAAUACACCACAAUAAUGUCAUGUUCAGACAGUCCGUCAGGAAAUGCGUUUUUAGUGGAUUCUCUGAUCGGUGGCCGCACCGAGAGCGGCGGAGGUCACUAUGCUGGCAGCGCGGUGUGCGUGCCUCAUAGCGCCGCUACAGAAGUACCUUACGGACUACACAACUAUGGAUACUUCCCAGGUAUGGGGAAGCGCGGCGAGCUGGGUCCCCAAAACAUGGUCUCCGCCUCUGGUGCGUACAUGUCCAGCAUGGAAAUGUGGAUGGACGCGCAGAGGUCAUGUCGAAUGGACCAAGAGCACCCGGUGGGUCCCCAGGUCGCACCCUGCUCGUUCCCGCAGAGUAUCAAGGAGGAGAGCACCUACUGCCUCUAUGAGCAGCCGAAAUGCCCUAAAGCCUCAACCGCCGAAGAUUUUACAUAUUCGAGGUUAACAGCAGCCGGUCUAGGCUCGAAUUCUUGUACAGUUACCGAUGGCGGCGGCGGGGGCUCAGUGCCUGUGCCGGGCUACUUCCGCUUGUCUCAGACGCACGCACAUUCUCAUAAACUUUACAACACCACCAGCCCCCAGCCGAACCCUUCCCAUUCUCAUUUUGGCCUACACCCCAUUGCUCCUGCUCGCUUCCACACGCCACCAACUGCUCCAGCCACGACGACGCCGGGAGGGAGGAACAGCGAGGAGCCCGUGUCCUCGGGAAACGCCGACCUGCAGCCUCACGCUGCACCGGGGACCGAGGAGGCACGCGAGUCUUCGGAUGCAGAAGUCUCUUCAGCUGAGGAGACAGAAGCGCGCGACAAAGAGAGACCAGCAAAGACAAAUAAAGGAAACACAAAAAGUGAAAAGACGGCCAACUGGCUGACAGCAAAGAGCGGCCGGAAGAAGCGAUGUCCAUACACCAAGCAUCAGACACUGGAGCUGGAGAAGGAGUUCCUCUUCAACAUGUACCUGACCCGAGAGCGCCGCCUAGAGAUCAGUAAAAGCGUCUACCUGUCGGACAGACAAGUGAAAAUCUGGUUCCAGAACCGCAGGAUGAAACUGAAGAAAAUGACGCGGGAAAACAGGAUCCGGGAGCUCACCUCCAACUACGGAUUUUCCUGAUUAAUAAGGUGAUCACAUUGAAACAGAAGACCACUGAAAGCAAUGUCCCCCACCCUUCCUCACCACUAUGUCCACAUAAUGACUCAUUUCACAUGUGGUUUAUUUCCAGACACGCUUAAAGUCGAUGUGAGCUAUACUGAGAAUAAGAAAAGGGAAAAAUAGUGAAUGUUAUGAGUUCUAUUUGAUUGUUUUUCCGAUGCUGUGUUUUUCUAUUGUC